AAAACACAAAUCGCGAACUACAAAACUGGCACGAACAGGAGAGCAGCCACAACUGGCUCCAUCUGUCAUUCUGCAGAGCAAGCAGACCACGAAGCCAAGGUUAAAGCCAGCGAAGCCUCUGAUAUGUCUGAAGCAUCAAUGGAACCGGCUUCAUCUGGCCAAAAUACUGCCGAGGCCACGUCUUAUCCAAAUUUUUUUACGUGGCAGCUGACUGACCCAUUCAAGGUUGAACGAUACCUGAUUGGUCUCUCGCUUGCCAACUGCACACCACAGCUGGAGCAGGAGUUCUAUUCAUCGCUCGACUCUAGACAUGAUAAUGUGGCUGUUCCAGAAAGCGAGGACCUCAAAGUGUCUACAGUCAUGUGCUGCUCGCUCUGUGGAGCUGAGUUUGAGUCACGGGAAGAUCAGGUACAACACUACAAGGCAGACUGGCACAGAUAUAACUUGAAGCAGAAGAUAUGUGGGGCAAGAGUUCUCAGUGAACAAGAGUUCAUGAACAUGAUUGAGGAAGUCUCUAGUAUUUCUGGUUCCGAAUCGGGGACUGACACGACGUCAGCGAACGAAACACCGGAGUCUGCGAGCGGGGGAGAGUCCAGUCCUCGCCGGAGGGUAAAAAGUGGAGACGCUCCAGGUAGAAGCCCAACAAAAGCCAACCGUAUGCCAAGACAAAGGACUAACAGUGUUGCCUCAACUGAUACUGAAGGAGAAGAGACGGAUGCUGACAAGGCUGAGAGCAGUAGUGCUCGCAUGAAUGCCAAGGUGUAUCUCAAGAAUGGCGAUGGUCAAGUCCUUGCCCUGUACAGGUGUAUUGUACAUGGAAAACUGGCAAUACCUGACAACUGUGCACAACUGAUAUCAGCAAUUGGAGACGUACCACACAAGAUGCAGUGGGCCGUCCUCAUGGUAGGCGGCGGACACUUUGCGGCAGCUGUUUUUAACGGGUCAGAAUCCCUGCUGCAUAAGACAUUCCACACUUACACCGUCCGUGCCAAGCAAGGUGGCUCCCAGUCAGCCAGGGAUGGCAAACAGAAAGGCAGCCAACCCAAGUCCGCUGGUGCUAGUCUACGGAGGCACAACGAGAUGGCAUUGGUGAAGGACAUCCAAGAUCUGCUGCAGUCCUGGUCUGAAGAGCUCCAGAAAUGCUCAGCUGUAUUCUACAGAGCCCCAGGUGCAAACCGGGCAGUGCUCUUUUCUGGCAAGAACCCACCUUUCCGCAAGUCAGACCCACGGUUGCGGCCAAUCCCAUUCCCGACCAAUCGGGCUACAUACAAGGAGGUGCUACGGGUCCAUCGGAUGUUGUGCACAGUCGAGUGCUUUGGCAGCGAAGAGCAGCUCAAGGGACGCAUUCCGGUGUCACCAAAGAUAAAUGUUGGCGCCAAGAAACCUGGAAAAACUGUGGAAGUGGGACCAGAUGCUAAGGCUCCAACCAGUACUGCUUCUGCAGGCGAUGAUGUCAGCUUCAAGCUUGAGAACAUUUCUCUUUCUGAGGCUCCUCGUGAUUCGUUGCUGCCUGUUGCGCCAUGUGACUCACCAAAACUGAAAAGCAAGCUUGUUGGGACCCUCCAGUUUACAGAAGAUAAGACAGACGAUGACUCAGGUUCUGACUCUGAUGCCACUGUGAAUUGGGAAGUUUCUGAAGAAGUUGUGGACUUCAGUGACCUGAGAGAAUUUGCCGGAACUAGAAAGCCACGCAAGAAAAAGCGCAUAAAGAAAAAAGGCAACAGAGAUGCAGAACAUGCCGAGAAGCCAGUGCCUCGAGAGUUCAGGGCACUCAAGACGGCUCUGUUUAAUGCCUGCAAGGCUGCCAACAAGGAAGCUCUGAUUUCCAUCCUGGAAGCCAUUUCUGGAAGUGGCACAAAGGAGUGUGAAAAUGCUGCUCAGGAAUGUGUGGAGACUGUGAUGCCAGGGCAGGCGUCAUCUGCAGCUGUAGAAGACUCCAUUGUGCCUUCAGCUGUGGGGCAGUACUGUCUGCUGAGCCCAAUUGGCUCUGACCCAGAUGCGACCCCUGUCGUUGAGAAGUCUGUAGAAUGGGAAGCGCCAGCCAGACUCGAACGCUGCAAUUCGGUCGAAUCUCCGUCGCUAGCAACGUGUUGCAAGGUUGUGCGUAACCAUGGAUUGGAGCACUGUCUACUCAAUGGACCUGUCGAUUUUUCAGACUCGACACUUCUUCACUACUGCGCCAAGCUUUCAGCUGUAAAGCUCAUCCAUUGCCUCUUGGAAGCAGGCGCUGAUCCUGCUGUUAAAAAUGCUAAAGGCCUGACACCCUAUGCAGUUUGCUCAGACAAGCAGACAAGAAAUGAAUUCAGGCGCUUCAAAGGUUUGCACCCAGAGAAAUAUGACUACGUUGCUGCUCAGAUACCAGAUGCUUUAACUGAGGAAAUGGAAAAGGAACGCUCUGAAAAGCAAAAGGAGAAGCGGAAGCUCCACAGAGAAAAGCUGAAGGAACGAAAAGCUGCUGAAGUUCAGAGACAACAGGAGGAGCUGGAGAAGAAAAGAUUUCUGUCCCUAAGUGACAGAGAAAAGAGGGCACUGGCUGCUGAGCGCAGGUUUGCAAGGCAAAUUCUGGAAACUAAUGGAGCCCCUGUUGUACUCAUACGUUGCUUUAUGUGUGGCACUGACAUCACUGGAAAAGUUCCGUUUGAAUACAGUGCAAACAAAUUUUGCACGAUGAAUUGUGUCAAGGAACAUCGAAAGAAGCCCCAGACCAACCGCACGUGAUGUGCCGCAGUCAUUGACAUCUGCCUCCGCCCUGCUAAGUCUUACUUAACAGCUGAUCAAUGGCUUCCCUGCGUGCUUUUAGAUGAAGGUCAAAUGAGCAACUUCUGGAUGUUUCUGCUUAUGCAAGUGUCACUGACUGUUUGCGUAAAUUGAGCGCUUGUAAUAAAUUAUUGUUUUUAUCUUUAAA